AUGUCGGACCAGCAGUGCAAUUCCCGGUUUUCUGUCGCUUCACCGAUGGUUGAGCCUGCGUCAAAUCCUCGCGUGAAUAUGAUCUUCAACAAUUCCUUAACUGCUGGAGGGUCGCCAUGGCGGCAAGGACCAAACGAAGUUGUCGAUGAGAUGUGGAACUCUAUCAUACAUGAGGGCAUGAUCAUGAUCGACGAUGACAAGGUACGGAAAUUGGGCAAAGAUCCGACGAGUUUUCGCAGAGUUCCGACGUCUUUGCAUUCAAAGUACGGCGACAAAAUACUCGCUGGAACAGAAUUUGGUCAUCACAUUCAUUGCCUUAACAUGAUUCGAAAAUUUACUUAUUUUGACCAUUACCGGGAAAAGGCUACCGAAUUCGAUUUCUACAACGCACCAAUGAAACUGAUCCGAGUACACGUCGAUCAUUGCAUCGACACAUUGCGGCAGGUUCUGAUGUGUCAUCCUGACGAGGGAGUGUAUCUAUCAUAUUGGAUUGAGGGACGAAAAGGACCUAUGGCGGACUUCAACACGAUGCAUAAGUGUAAAGAUUUCAAUGGGAUGAUGGACUGGGCUGAGAAAAAUGAGAUCAAAGAAAGUCUGUCCGAAUACCCCGAGGACGGUGAGGUGGUAUGGACGAGAAGACAUCAUCCGUGA